UAAAGACAAACUCAACUACAGAAAAUAUGUCUUUCUUUUGGUGUUACAUGUUGUUUAGUUAAAAGUUAUUCUCAAGUAUUCUUUAUCAAUUAAUUAAUAUUAUACGAUUUGACUGUGUUUAUCAGUCUGAACAAAUUACUUGUAGAAUGACUCUGUGACUGGUAAAUAGAUAUUCAACAUAGGAAUCUCUUGACUAACGUUAAAAAUUUUGUUGUCCCGUUCUCAUUUCCGAUAUGGCUUGUUACAUUGAAUCUCCAUAAAAGUAUGCUCAAUCGGUAAAUUAACCAUUACUCCAAAAUGGAUGACGAAGUGUUGAUUGAGACGAUUGCCUCAACUUCGACGAAUGUACAAUUGAACAACCCUAAUGGCGAUUAUGUUGAUUAUGGAGGUAAAGUUUUCAAAAAAGCUGAUGAAAUUGAAGGAAGGCCUAUAAAGAGUGACUGCGACAUGAAUGAAAUAAAUUCAUUCAGGAGACAGUUGAAAUAUAAUUUCAUGAAUCCUAUAGAUAAGUGGAAAAGCAAAAGAAAGUUUCCUUGGAAGUUAUUGCUUCAAAUCAUUAAGCUUUUGGUUGUAACGCUUCAAAUAUAUUCCUUCGGUCUUGAAAUUUCUCGUUACAAAACACAUCAGUCAAACGUCGACAUAACACUCAAAGAGUUAUUACUCGCUGAUUGGGAUCCAGUCCGAGAAGUGCUGGUCUAUCCACCAGGAACGGGUCCUUAUGCUUGUUACACCAGAGACGAUCUCGAUAGAAACAUAAACAAUUUUGUUAAAGCUUUUGCCAACGUCACCAACUCUAGUCUGAAAACCUUUGCUUAUGAUUCUUCGGCCCCAGACAUCGUUUCACCGAUUUAUCUCGAAAUCAUUGAAUUUACCAAGGGUGAAGAAAACGCAUUUAACUUUACGUUUAAUUUUAAUAACGAAAUUCAUACAACAAAUUUUACCAUUAAAAGUGAUUACCCUGCCGGUGAUGUUCGAUGGGACUCUUUUUCUAUCCAAAAUUUUCUUUCAUCCCAACAAUAUCAAUUCAAUUUUGAUAGCUUGAUCAAGAUGAAACUGAUUACGAAUUUAAAAAUCAUCUACCGUAACUCAUUGGAUUUUUACAAUUUUCCAGAAUGUUACAUUAUUCAAAUAUCAUUUGUUUUAGACAACUCAUUACAUGCCGGGCAAGUAUUGAUGAAAUUGAAUACUAAAAGUAUUCAAAAACAAUGCUUUGGUAACUUGGAAGGAAAAUCAGUAUCGACAUACUCCGUCAUGGAAGUUUCCACCGUAAUUGUAAUGUUUCUUACUUCCUUAUCUGCAUUAUUGUGCCUUCGAUCGAUGGGUAAAGGAUUGGCUUUACAGCGAAAAGCCAUCGUGUUCUUCGCCAAACAUUAUAACAUAGAAUUAAAAUUUCAUGACAAAAUGGAAUUCAUUGAUCCCUGGAUUUAUUUGAUUUUCAUCAACGAUUUACUUCUACUAACUGGUUCAAGUAUCAAACUUUGCGGAGGCCCAAUGGAUCACAGUCAAUCUUUGGCAAAUAUUUACUCGAUUCUCUUUGGUAUUGGUAUACUUUUAACUUGGUUUGGUGUACUUCGUUACAUCAGUUUCUUCGACAAAUUCAAUAUUGUCAUAUUGACAAUGAAGAAAGCAUUCCCGGAUAUUAGCAAAUUUGCUUUUUGUGCCAUUUUACUUUAUAUUGGAUAUUGUCUCUGUGGGUGGAUUGUCCUUGGACCACAUCAUCUAAAAUUUCGAACUUUGAGUUCAACCUCUGAAUGUCUUUUUGCAUUACUCAACGGUGAUGAUCUAUAUGCAACUUUUGCCACUCUUGAUUCCGCCGAUCCAGCCAUUUGGUGGUUUAGUAGAAUCUUCAUAUACUCUUUCAUUUCUCUAUUUACUUAUGUUGUCCUCAACCUCUUCAUAUCAAUCGUUAUGGAUGCUUGGGAUAUCAUAAAAAACUAUAAUUCGCAAAUACAGACUGAAAUGCAGCAUUUCAUUAGUGAGUGCAACGAAGAUGUUUUUGCAGAAAUUUAUCAAGAACAACCGAGAAAUUCAUUAUUGCAGAAAGUUGGUUCAUUUUUUCGAUUCAACUCACAAGAUUCUAAUCCGUCAUUUUUUUAAAAGAUAAUCAAAAUACCAAGAUAAUCAUAUUCAUAUCAUCUAUUUUUAAAGAUUUACAUUGUUUUCGAUUGGAAUGACUAAUCGAAAUCGAUAGACUAUUUUAUCAUACUGGAAAGUACAUAAAAUACCGAUCUAACAGAUAAUUAUUAAUGCUGAAACUGAUCAUAAUCGGUUUAUCUAUAUUAAUACUAUUCAUUUACCUCAUCAUUCAAUUUUAUAUCCGCUGAUGAGGAUAAUUUUAAUGAUCUAUCUAUAUUCGACCUUUUUAUAUCACAUUGUACCAUUGUAUAAUUUAGUAAUAAUGUAUCAUUGAUUAUAUUUAUAAGGACUGCAUGAAAUGUUGCAUGACAUGCUAAAUAUAUUAAAAUAUUUAUUUUAUUACUCCCUUUAA